AUGCAGACAUUCACUGCGGUCGCGGAUUCGAGUUACUGGACCGUGAGAAGUGCUGUGCAAAGGGAGAUGACUGUGAAUCGGGGCUGCCUGACUGUAGUCAACACACUUGUUGUGAGAAGCGCAAACCAUCGAGACCACACGAUCCUACGGGCAAUUACUACAAGUGUGGCGAUAUAUCAUCUGACAAGUGCAAACAUGGUUACAAGCACGACACUGAAUGCUGUCGGUACACUAACAAAUGUGGCCACUACGCUUCAAUCAAAUGUGGCACUUCUCAUUGCUGCAAGUAAGUUCAGAUUAUAGUCGCAAUAUAUUCUGAAGCGGCUGCAUGUAGAGUUGUAAUAUACAGGAAUCAUG